GUAAAGAAUUCAGCGCGCCAAAGCUCUAGCAGGAAGUGAGGGUAGUUGAAGGAAACGGCGGCCAGUUUGGGAUUUGAAUCUUUCAACAAAUUCUAUAAUCUACAAACAUCUACAUUAAUAUGGCAGACCCGAAGGACCAGGAAGAUCAUGACACCACUGUAGAUGGUGCAGAUGACACGAAUCAUGACCCCCACUUUGAACCCAUCGUUUCCCUUCCAGAGCAGGAUGUGAAAACAUUAGAAGAGGAUGAGGAGGAGCUCUUUAAAAUGCGGGCUAAACUAUAUCGUUUUGCCUCUGAGAAUGAUCCACCAGAGUGGAAGGAGAGAGGAACUGGUGAUGUCAAGCUGCUGAAACAUAAAGAGAAAGGCACAAUCCGCCUCCUAAUGAGGAGAGAUCGGACUCUGAAGAUUUGUGCCAAUCAUCACAUUAUCCCCACGAUGGAAUUGAAGCCCAAUGCUGGCAGUGACAGAGCAUGGGUGUGGAACACACUAGCAGAUUAUGCCGAUGAAUGCCCCAAACCUGAACUCCUUGCAAUACGCUUUUUAAAUGCAGAAAAUGCUCAGAAGUUCAAGGUGAAGUUUGAUGAAUGCAAAGAGGAGGUCAGGAAAAAUCAGGAAACAGGCAACACUGAGAACGCAAACAAGGUGGCAGAGAAGCUGGAGGAACUCUCUGUAAAAGACAAGGUAUCGGAGGAAAAGAAGGAAGAGGGCACAAAGGAGACUGAGAAGAAAGAAGAUGACAAAAAGGUGGCGAAAGCCGAGAAUAAAUAAAAACCAAGAACUCACUUUGCUUAUCUUCAAUUUGAGUUUUUCCUCUUUUUCUACAAUAGACUCUAAAUGAACUGAAUUUGGACACUUGCAUUUGAGUUUUGUUUAUUUGUUUUUGUUUUGUUUUUUUGAGGGGGGGAGGGGGGUUUUGUUUUAUAAAAUCUGUUUUGCCUCAAGAUCACAAGUUCUUGAUGCCACCGGGAAAAAAAAUCAGAUAGUGAAUUUAUUUUAAGAAAAUGCCCUUCUCACCUCGGAAUGCCAUGCUUUCCUUCCUUGACAUCCAACAGUUCAAUUGUUAUUUUUAACAAACUGUGAAAGUCGGCUUGUGAUGGCGAUAAUUCCCACAUUGGGUUUUUGUUUUUAUUCUAAAGCAGAGUUUGUUUGUAGAGGGAGAGGAUAAUGUAGCCUGCUUGUAUGCAGCACAGGGUCAGGGACCAGGCAUUGGUGCGUUAUUGUUAAGUGUGUAACCCCAUGAUGCAGCUCGGUGGGCCUUCACACCCUGUCCACGAUAAGAUGAAGAUGUCUCAGUGGAUGCCUUGUAGAGAUAGUUUUUGAUUCCCUCUUUAAUCAGUCUUCUUGGUAGCUGACAAGAGGAAUCCACUCUGGACUGAUGAGGGAUAUCGGAUGAGUGCUGCAGAUUUGUAAUGUCCAUUUAUUGCUUACUGAUAGAUCAGAUGCACUUAGCUAAUAAUUCCAUAUUUCUCAUUUUAUGAAGUAUAUCUGACAAUAAUUUAGCCCGUAGUAAACGGUUCAUCAGUUGGUUCAACUCUUCUGGCUCAAAUUCCUCACCUUGAGAUCAAGUUUGUAUUUUUUAGCUUAUAACAUUCCCAGACUUCAAAGCAUGUAGAAUAUAUGUAACAGAGUGUGCCCCAUCUGAUCUGUGUGCUUACCCCCCCACUAAUUAAGUUCUUAACCUUGCCUCUUCAGUGCAUCCAAGUGCCAGUGCAUCUGUAAAUACAUGUAUAUGGAUGAAAUGUUGCUCCUCGUUUGCACUCAGACGAUCUAAAAUGUUUCCUCAAACCUCAAAUAAAAGCUGGUAAAUACCA